CUCGUCGAACCGAAUGUAACGACGUAUCAUUGGAUAUAUAUAGUUCGGACGCGAGUUUUGUGUCAUUGAUACAGGACACAUUCCUAGACAAGGAUUUACUCUGUCCAGUCCCGAAAAAAGUUAACAUGGGGUUGUUUGUGACCCUCUGCUAUUUGGGCCUGGUUAGUAUGUUAGCUGUGACGUCAGUAUCUGCCGAGUGUCCACACGAUAACGCUACCCUGUUAAGAUGGAGUGACCCUGGUACUUGGCCUACAAACACACUUCCGGUGGCCGGUGCUACUGUUAGUAUUACUGGUGGCGUGCUCCUUGAUGUGUCACCUCCUGCCAUGUUCGGCAUAGUGGUCGAAGCAGGGGCUAGCCUCGUUUGGAGUCCAGAAGGGGAUUUUCAUGUAUUCACAAAUUACAUCCAUGUAAAAGGCGCCUUCCACAUUGGCUCUGAGACCUGUCCAUUUCAAGCAAACGCUCGAAUCACAUUGACAGGUAAUCGCAAAGAAUAUUCGAUGCCAAACUUUGGUGAGAAAUUUAUAGGUGUUGACGCCGGAGGUACUCUGGAAAUCCAUGGUAAGAAAAAGGUAGCUUGGACAAAACUAUCCAAGACAUUACCAAGGCUCCAGGAAGGCAAUGGACUCCUCUACACCCAUUUAAAUUACCCAAAUAGGAGAGACAGGAAAGGUUUGGGAUUAUAUGCCUUCAAUACAGACGGUAGCAUCUACAAGACGGUCGUGCUUGCUACUACAGGGUCGAACAAGGCAGAUGUACAGAUAUGUAUCACAUACCUCCUCAAAUGGCUUCCGGGAAUUCCGGACGGUAAGGUGAUCCUGUUAGCAGUCCAACACACCUUGGUCUCGGACCCACAACUAGAAGAUCUGUCCUCUGUAUACGACACCAUUGAGUCGGCGGCGGGAAUUCCUAACGGUCAAGGUCAAAUAAGAAAUGACGCUGGUGAUCCCAGCUCCACAGUAGAGACACUGACCCCAGUAGAAUACCACUUCCAAAAGGCCGAGGCUAGUUUGAAAAUCAACGGUCUUAUCAUGGUGGCGGAAAGUUGUACCAAUACCGGGUCUCGUGUAUCUCACGCCAUUGACUUCCGGGUAGUAGAGGAAACGGCGAACUCGCAUGUUCUAGAUGUUGCUGAUGACGUCACGUCUUGGAAGGAAGGCGACAAACUUGUGCUGACAUCCACAGAUUUCAGUUUAGAAAAAGCUGAGGUAGCAACGGUCGUCAGCUGCGAUCAUUGCACGGAGAAACAGGUCAAAAUUGAUCUACUUCCUAGGUACAUGCAUUAUGGUGAUAUUGACUUCAACGUGGACAUGAGGGGGGAGGUGGCGCUACUAUCCCGAAACGUGCUCAUAGAGGGCGCUAUGAAGAGUGUCUGUCCUCCUGAGAACGAGAACUGCAAUACGUACAAAUACGAUACAUUUGGUGGUCACGUCAAGGUGAUCAAAGAUUUCAAGGAUGUGCAUAUUGAAGGGGUAGAACUUUUUCAUAUGGGCAAGCAGACUGAUCUGGGUCAUUAUCCCCUUCAUUUUCACAUGUGCUUUGACGUUGACGGCACUGAAUACCCCAACCCACCUUACCUGCGUGAAAACUCCAUCCAUUCUUCCUUUGCCAGGUGUGUCACCGUGCACGGAACACAUGGACUAACGGUGAUGGACAAUGUCGGUUUCGAGUCCCUUGGUCAUUGUUACUUUCUUGAGGAUGGAGGCGAGAGGAGAACUGUAUUUGACGGAAACCUCGGAGCCAGCACAAGGAAGGCUACACUCAUAUCCUCAGACAGCCGACCGACGACAUUUUGGAUUACCAACCCAAAUACGAUCGUGAGAAAUAAUGUUGCUGCUGGAAGCGAGGACGCUGGGUACUGGUUUAUCUACCCCGACACCCCUACAGGGCCUUCUGCUGACAAAGGCUUCAUGAAGUACCAGGAGGCUCGGUAUACCGCCAUCACAGAGUGCAGUAACAAUGGUGCCCACUCCAAUAAAGCGGGUUUAUUUAUUGACUUUCAAAUACACCCGAAGACAGGCGCCAUUUGGAUCACCAGUAAUCGUUACUCCCCUAAGGUCAACCCCUUGGACCCUAAAUCUGCUGACAAACCCGCCAUUAUAGAUCGCCUAACAGCUUACAAAAACAGGAACCAUGUUUGGGCCCGCGGGGGUUAUCUCGUGUUCCGGAGGACGUCAUUAGCGGAUGCUACCAGAGGAAUCACCUUUUCCAGGGGUACAAAUCAACAGCAGUUUAUGGAGAACAGUGUGAUCCUUGGACGGACAAAUAACGUCGGAGAACCAAUGAAGGCCAGGGGUGUAGACGGGUCUUUCGUCACAUUCAACAGAUCCCUACCUUAUCAGUGGAAUUUCAACGAACCUAUGCAAGGAUUCGUCUUCUAUGAUGGUCCGGUGUUUGUGUCCAGUACUUUCUUCAAUGGGUUCGUCUCUGAUGAGUACCGGAAGGCAGCGGCGGUCGGUUUUCACAGAGAUAACCAGUUCUUCAGUUCCUCUACCAGUGCUGCAAAAGACCUACAUUUCGGGUUCCCAGAUGGCGAAGCCACAGGUAAUCGGGUAUACGACGGUAACAGCAGCAUACCAGGAUUCGAUAAUCUAGAUGGCGACCUAGAGGCAGUGUUCCGUGAUACAGAUGGGUCGGUCACAACAUUACCCGGGAGUUCUGUCGUUAGACCUGACCCGUUUAUGACCACAUCUGAUUGCACGUACAGACCGAAUUGGAACCUGGCAAUAUGUCCCUUCAAGUACACCAAGUUGCAGGUAAUUGCAGACUCUGUGGGUGACCUCACCAACGUUCCAUUUUUGUCGCGUGACGACAUUCCGGAAAGUCCUCGAGUAAUCGAUGGUUCAAAAGUUGUGCAUUUUUCACUCAUCACUGGGGGACAGUUCAGCUACUCGCUCCACUGGCCCGACGUUGUGCCUGCCGCAUUCCGCAUCAGGACCUUUGGGUUGGAAAAAGACUUCCCCGUUCGCGUGGGUCUGUGCCUGCCCCUUGACGCAACCUUCUCACUGAAGUCUUACUAUCCUAAACGGGCACGAACCUUGGAUGAGUGGACAGAGGUGAACAGUAUCCAAGACAUAGACCAGGAUACCGAGGGCGGGAAGUACUACCACAACAGAGCCACGGGGAUGCUUUACAUCAUGUUGCGGUCGCUGGAGCCAGUUCUGGACGGCGACACGGCCGCUUGUGUUGGAAACAAGUGCGUGCAAAUCUGGGUGUACGUCACAGGGGGAGACCGGAACGACGGAGACUGCAGCGCACGAGACACGCCUAUCCCACCUUCCCAGAUAAUUGCACCAGCGACCGUAACAGCGAACGAAAGUCUUUCAUUCGACACAUCCUAUGCUGGCCCUGAAAAGGACUGGGGAGCGGGUGCCCAGAUUCCAUUCAGCAGUCGUACUCCUGCGGAUGGCGGAUACGGUGAUUGGGCCCCGUGGUCAGUGUGCGAUACGCCGCCUUGUGCAGGUAGCACCAUGGUGAGAUUUAGGACCCGCACUUGUGACAAUCCCAUCCCCAGGAACGGAGGCGCCCCCUGUGUUGGGCCCAGCAGCGAGGAGAUGGACUGCCCUAAGGAGGUACGAUAGUGUCAGGUGUCUACUACAUUUUUUGUAUACGUGAGGUCAUCAAAUGCCUUUUACGUCGUUUACACUGCAUCAACCCAGAAAGGCGUUCCUGAUGGACUCCUACACUAUCGUUGGCGCUUUGUAAGCAUUAUAUAAACUCUUUCAACAAG